UCUCGGAAGAGUUGUUUAUAUUACAUCUCUACUUCUCUUCCCAUCUUCUCUUAAACCCAUGCUAGUGAGGUUUUUUCCUUCAUAACUCCAUUGAAGCUUCUAAUUAACGUCACUGGUGAUCUUGACAUUAAGUCCAGUGGUCAGUUCUCAGUCCUCCUUUUACUUGACAGAGUUGAUUGGUCCCUCAUUCUGGACAUACUUUCUUCACUUUGUUUUCAGGAUGUCAUACUCCUGAUUUAACUUCAAUCUCACUGGUUGUUCUUUUCAGUAUAGUAGGCUCUUUCUCAUCUCUCUUUCCUCUAAACAUCAGGACUUGGGCCUUGGGCUUCUCUCUUUAUGUGUUCUCCCAUGGUGAUUUCAUCCAUUCUCAUCACUUUGUUUAUCAUAUAGGUAAGUGUGUAUGUGUACACACACACACACACACACAAAUGACUCCCAAAAUUUUAUCUUCUGCCUACACAUUCCACAUUGCCACUUGAACAUUGAAUAAAACCCAAAACCAAACCUGUUGCCAUUGAGUUGAAUAGACGUCUCCAAUUUUCCAUGGCUAAAACUGGACUCUUGGUAUCCUGGACUCAUUGUAUCCUACAGUGACAAACCUACUACUCCUACACAGUCUUAUAUAUUUCAGUAAAUGGCAACUCAGUUCUUCCAGUUGCUAAGGUCAGAACUUUGUUAUCUUUGAUACUUUUCUUUUCUCUCAUAGCACAUUCUAUCUGUCAGCAAAUCCUGUAGGCUCUAUCUUCAAAAUGUAUCCAGAGUCUAAUCAUACCUUAUUGUCUCCACCAAGCCUCCAUCAUUGCUUACCUGGAUUAUUGUCAUGUAAUAACUUUUGAACUGGUCUCCCUGCUUCCAUCCUUACUUUCCACUUAAAUACUCUGUUCCUAACAUAGCAGCCAAAGUGAUCUUCUUAAAAAGUAAUUCAGCUCAUGUUACCUCUCUCUCCAGAAUGCUCCAGUAGCUUCCCAUCUCAUUUGGAAUAAAAGUCUUACAGUGGCCAUCAGGCCCUGCACGAGCUGUCCCUCUGUUAUUUUGACUGCAUCUCUUGCUGGUCUCCAUCUCAUUCUGUGUUCCAGUCAUAUCGACCUCCUUGCGAUGCCCCAAACAUAUUAGACAUACUCCACACCCAGGGUCUUAGAACCUACUGUUUCUUUUCUUGGAAUACUGGCUCCCUCAACUCAAGAUCUUGGCUGAAAUACGACCUUUUCAAUGAGGCCUCCCUGACUUUGUAUUUAAAAUUGCAACCCCCUCGUUCUGCCUGUCCUGCCCUGCUUUAUUUUUCUCUGCAGCACUUGUCACCUUUGAAUAUAUUAUGUCAUUUACUUAUUUUGUUUAUUGUCUAAGUAACCAAUAGAAUGUUAGCCCCUGAAGGGAGAGAUUUUUGUCUUUUUCAUUCAGUGCUAUAUUCCCAGUGCUUAGAACAGAGACUGACCCAGCUUUGGUGCUGACUGUAAGCUCAGCACUGUGGCAAAUGCUAGUGAUAAAACAACAAAACAUGACAGAUGUAAUCCAUAUACUUACGCAGCUUAUAUUUCAGUGGCUGAGACUGAUAGAAAAUAAAUUGACAAAUAAAUAAAUUUAUUUCUAGAGAUAAAAGUGUUACCAAAGAAAUACGGAUGGCUGAAAUAGAGAAUACUUUUUUCUUUUUUUUUUUUAGGACAGGAUGAUUUUUAGGUUGGGGAAGGCCUUUCUGAGGUGUUGAUAUUUGACCUGAGACCUAAAAGAUGAAAAGGAUCUAGCCAUUUGAAGAGUGGAAGAGUGAACAUUUCAAGCAGGGGAACAGCAGCUGGUGCUAGCAAUCUCCUACACUACCUGGCCUCUGGACCUAGUCUGAGACUCUGGAUUCAUUCCCUUUCUCAUACCUCACCCUGAGCUCUGUCAUUCAGAGAGCUCUGCUGGUCUCCUUCUCAAGCCCUCACUUUAUCUCCAAGAUGAAGAAACUAAAACAGAGAUUGAGACUUGUCUGAAGUAACACAGCCAGUGAGUUAAUGUGGGAAAAAUCCUGGUAUUUUGAAGAUGUCUCAACACAGUAUUGUUUCCUGUUUAAAUUUCAAAUAACUUCAAGAGUUUUUCAGGAAAAAAAAAAAUUGGGAUUUUUUUUUUGUUAAAUCAUGCCAUCUGAACAGAAACAGUUGUUUUGUGAUGAAAAACGUACUACUUUACAAAAAGAUAAUGAUGUGAAAAAUGAGAUUGUUGAUACUAUCAGAUUAAUACCUAAACCAAGUAUUUCAGAAAGUAGUUGUCAUUAUGAACUAAGAAAUGUGAAAAUUGAUUUGCCGAAGAUAAAUAUUCCAAAUGGAGUCCUACUGAAACAUGAAGUUGACAAAUACAGAAAAUUAUUUCAGAGUAAACCACAGACUGCAAGAAAAUCUAUUAGUAUAAAGACCGUAAGCUGUGUUGAAGAGUGUAUGUUGCUCCAUAAAUCUGAGAUAACUGAAGAAGAGGGUAUAAAAAUGUCUGCAAAAAUACUCAAUUUUAACUGUUCAAAAUGCCGAGACAACACUCGAUAUAGCCCAAAUGAUUUGCAGAAACACUUUCAAAUGUGGCACCGUGGUGAAUUACCUUCCUAUCCUUGUGAAAUGUGCAGUUUUUCAGCAAAUGACUUCCAGGUAUUUAAACAACACAGACGCACCCAUAAAAGCACUUUAGUAAAAUGUGUCAUUUGUAACAAUGAGAAUGUAUAUACUUUAUUAGAUUUGACAAAGCAUUUCACAUCCACACAUUGCAUUAAUGGUAAUUUUCAGUGUGAAAGGUGCAAAUUUUCCACCCAGGAUGUUGGCACAUUUGUUCAGCACAUUCAUAGACAUAAUGAAAUUCAUUAUAAAUGUGGUAAAUGCCAUCAUGUAUGUUUUUCCAAAGGAGAGCUUCAGAAGCACCUUAAUGUUCAUUCUGGUACAUUUCCCUUCACUUGUCAGUAUUGUAGUUAUGGUGCCACCAGGAGAGAGUACCUUAUAAGGCAUGUUAUAACUUUGCACAAAGAACAUUUAUAUGCAAAAGAAAAACUGGAAAAAGACAAAUAUGAAAAAAGGAUGGGGAAAACUUCAGCAGGUCUUAAGCUAAUACUGAAAAGAUACAAAAUAGGUGCGUCAAGGAAGACAUUCUGGAAACGUAAGAAAAUUAGCAAUGGAAGUGACAGAAGUAUAGAAAAAAAUACACAGGUAAUUAAAAAAACGAACAAAACGCAGACUAAAUCUAAAGACCAGAGCUGUCUUGUUCAAGAACAUUUAAAUGAAAAAAAGGAUGAAAGAGUACACUGUGAGAAGAGUGAUAAACCCACUGAGUUACAGUCAGAAAAGUCCACUCUUCUGUCUACUGGACAAUGUAAUAGAGCUGAAGAGGGAUUGAAUUCUACUUCAGGUUCCUUGAAGACUUCUUCUGUACAAGGACCUACAGUAUUAAUGGUGAAAAAUAAUAAAAUAACAAUUCCUGCUAACUACAGCGCUAAGUUUAUGGGCUUCAAGAUGGUGGAUGGAAAACAACAUAUUGUAAUAAAAUUGUUGCCUGCCAAUAAACAAAAUUUAUAUUCACCAGGCUUACAGUCAGGUGCUUCUAAGGACAGUACUGCUAAUUUGCAGCCCCAGACUUUGGACACCACUGGAUUUUUAUCUGCAGGAGUAGCAGCUGAGUUAAAUGACACAGUUUACAUGAAAACAGCUACUCCAUUUUCAUGUUCAUCUCCUAUACUUUCAGGGAAAGUAACUUCAGAAAAGGAAAUGGCUUUGAUAUCUCAAAUGAAUAAUAUGCUUCAGACAGUGAAUAAUGAAAAAAGUGUGUCUUUUUUGCCAACACCAUCGGAAUUUGUUACAGCAUCAGUGAAUUUGACCACAAAAGUUGAAACCAGAGAUAAUGUUGACUUACGGGGAAAUCAUAUUACUCAGAGUCACCCUCAGGUAUUAGGUACCACCAUUAAAAGUCCAGAUAAAGUCAACUAUACUGUCAAACCAAAUGCAUACAACAGUGGAGAUAUGCAUAACUAUUGCAUUAAUUAUGUCAACUCUGAGUUACCUGUUGAAUCCUCCAACCAAGGAUCAUUACCUUUUCAUAAUUACUCAAAAAUGAAUAAUUCUAAUAAACAUCGUAGGUUUUCAGGAACAGCAGUGUAUGAAAAUCCUCAAAGAGAAUCUUCAUCAAACAAAAUGAUGGUUCAACAACCAAUAAGUGAAUCAGUUUUAUCACUAGUGAAGAAGGAAAGCUCAAAUCCAGAUAGUCUGUUAGCAUCUAUUAGCCUUUUAAAUCCUAAAUAUGGAACUAUAAAAACGCAGGCUGAAAUUGAAGAACCGUGUGACUUAGGAAGAGGCCACAACAUUGAUGGACAUAACCUGUACACUAAUGAAAAUCAAAAUUUAGAGAGUGUGACUGAAAAACCUAAAUGGGAUAGCUUUUCUAGUGUUGAUUCACCUAUGAUGCCUAGAAUCACGUCUGUUUUCUCUCUCCAGAGCCAACAGGCUUCGGAAUUUUUGCCACCUGAAGUGAACCAGUUACUUCAAGAUGUAUUAAAUACAAAAUCUGAUGUAAAACAAGACUCUCAUAACACUCCAAGUAAAGGCCUGCCACUCCAUGCUGACCAGUCAUUUCGGAAACAUGAGGGAGAGGGCAAAAGAGUUGAAUCCUCAAGAGACUUGAAAAUGCAAGGCAUCUUCCCAAUUCCAUCUGGCAGUGUAGGUGUUAGUGAGCUUACAAAUGAUCUGAAUUUAAAAUGUAAUGGAAAACAGGUGCUAUCAAUGUCACAAAAUGUGAGAGAUUCAGAGAAGACACCUAGAAUUUCAGGAAUUGGCACAUUACUUAAGACUCAGUCAGAUGCAAUAAUAACACAGCAGCUUGUAAAAGACAAAUUACGAGCCACUACACAAAAUUUAAAUUCUUUAUGUAUACAGAGUCCACUUCUAAAUUCAGAGCAAAAAAAAGCUAUAUUUGUUCAGACUCCAAAAGGCCUUUUUGUACCAUUGCACAUUGCUAACAAGCCUGGAUUACACGUUUCAGGAAGACCACUUUCACUGGUUAACACACAAAGUGUACCCGCUUCUCUUCUUUUAAACAAGAAACCUGGGAUGAUUUUAACUUUUAAUAAUGGGAAACUUGAAGAUGUUUCCAGUGUCAAAAUUGAGAAUGCUCAAUCUUGUGGUGGAGUUACGACUAAGGAGCCUUGCAGAACACCUUUUUUAAAGGUAGAGCCAAGUAAUAAUUGUCUGACACCGACACUUUGUUCCAGCGUUGGCAGUUGUUUGAGCAUGAAAAAUAGCUCAGAAAAUACUUUGUCAUUAAAAGGCCCUUAUGUUAUUAAAACAUCAGCAAAUUCUUCAGUGAAAACUGUUCCUACUCCUGUGCUAUCUGAGCAUCAGGGCACUAAGUUGAAUAUCUUGGAUUCAGUAAAACAGCCGAAUGAGGUUUUUCCAAAACCACCUCUUUAUACCCUCUUGCCUGAUGGCAAACAAGCUGUUUUUUUAAAGUGUGUGAUGCCAAAUAAAACUGACCUGCUUAAGCCUAAAGUAGUCCAAAAUAGUACUUAUCAUCAAAAUAUACAGCCAAAGAAACCUGAAGGAACACCACAAAAAAUACUACUGAAAGUUUUUAACCCUGUUUUAAAUGUGACUGCUGCUAGUAAUCUGCCAGUAAGCCACUCUGCAUCUUUAUUGCAAAAAGCUGAGGUACCAUCUAAUCAGCCUGUGGAAGGACAGCAGAAAGAGCCAGAGUCUUCCAGAGAUGCCUUACCUGUCUUAUUAGAUGAUUUGAUGCCAGCAAAUGAAAUUGUGAUAACUUCUACGGCAGCAUGCCCAGAAUCUCCUGAGGAGCCAGUAUGUAUCACCAACUGUUCAGAUGCCAGGGUUUUAAGGUCUAAAACGGAUUGUACAAAUGAGAGAAGCUUCAAUAGAAAAAAAGCUUCCAAAAGAAAAUUUUCAAGAAUAAAAGCUCAUGUAGGAAGUAAAGAUUUUGAAACUGCCUUUGCAACUAGAGACAGAAACUGUAAGCGAAAAUGUAGGAAUAGUUACCAAGAACCACCUAGAAAAAAAGCAACAUUGCAUAGAAAGUGUAAAGAAAAGGCUAACCCUGAAAAUUCCCAUGAAACGUUUGAACCUAGGUUUUCAAAAGAUACAGUUAGAACUUUGAGGCUUUUCCCCUUUAGUUCCAAACAGCUUGUGAAAUGUCCUAGGAGAAAUCAACCAGUUGUAGUUUUGAAUCAUCCUGAUGCAGAUGUACCGGAAGUUGUAAAUGUAAUGAAAACCAUUGCUAAAUUUAAUGGACGUGUACUUAAGGUUUCAUUGUCAAAAAGAACUGUGAAUGCCUUACUGAAACCAGUUUGUUGGAACCCUUCUAAAACAACUUACGAUGAAUUUUCCAAGAGACACAAAACAUUUAAACCUGUUAGUUCGGUGAAAGAAAGAUUUGUGCUAAAAUUAACACUCAAAAAGACAAGCAAAAACAAUUAUCAAAUUGUGAAAACUACCUCUGAAAGUGUUCUGAAGGCUAAGUUUAACUGUUGGUUUUGUGGUCGAGUGUUUGACAAUCAGGAUGCUUGGGCCGGGCAUGGGCAGAGACAUUUAGUGGAAGCUACUCGGGAUUGGAAUAUGUUACAAUAAUUUACCGUAAUUACAAGGAAAAGAAAAGUAAAACUAUAUUAGAAGAAAACAGUAGGUUGGAUGACCAUAAUGCAGACAUUUCCCACUUCAAAACAGGACCUGAAAUUAAACACUUUUAAAGUUGGUUAUAUUUCAGUGGAAGAGCAAAAGUUUUAUGUGUGAUAAUUGGUAAUGGUAUCACUGUACACACACAAGUUUUGAAAGAAACUAAGCACAGAUGUACCUUGAUUUGAUUUUUAAAAAAUGUGUUCUUGGGAGGUUAGGGCUAAAAAAACUUUUAUAAAACAGUUUUAUUUUCCCAAUUUGUAUUAAAAAUUUUUGUGACUCUUAGUAGAGGGUGACAGCUGAUAGCCCCAUUCCCUCUCUUUCACCAGCCUUAUGAAUCUGAUUAGUGUAGCUCCUCUGAAUGUGGAGAGCUCUUUCACCAUGCAACUGAGAGUUUCUCAUUUGUGCAGGUAUACUGAGAGAGCUUGGGGAAAGAGUUUAUAGUACAUCUGGUAAAUAAGAGUUCUUUUGAAGGAUAUAGGCUCCUUUGAGAGCACAUAUAAUUUACUCCAAUUACACCUCAUAUAAUGCUUGAAAAGAGUUUUUGGCAAGUAAAUCUAAAACUUUUUAAAUUAUUUUCUUAAGUCUUUUUUUCUUAUUAAGCUAUGUUCCAUGCCAGAGAUAGGAACACCUUCCCUAGGUGAUUUUCUUACUCUUUGUAAAUGGCUGUGUCAAGCACUGUAGUAGCUUGGCAGCCUAGAGAGAAGAAUUAAACUCUCUCGGUCUAGUUUAGAAACCAAUUAUUUAGACCAUUUCUCUGAAUUUGAUUAUAUUCUCUUGUGAUCCCCUUGCAAAGAACUAUGCUUAUUUGAUUUGUUUCUCCCCCAUAAACCAAAUGGCCAUUUUUUUCUUGGUUGCCGUCCCUUUAAAAAGAGUUGAACGUAGAAGCACUUCCAAGGGAAAGGCUUUUCUUGAAAAUUAAAAAUUAUUCUGUAGAAACACUUUUUUGAAGCAGGAUUAGCAAAACAAAUCAGAUUUUUGUUUAUUUUAUUACUGUUGGUGUGGGAAUAUGGCCAAAUUGGAGCAAACCAUUUUAUUAGCAACUUUUCAGUAUGAAUGACAAAGCAGAUUUUUACUAAUUGUUGGCAGUUGAAAGUGGGGGAAGCAUUAACAGUGGUUGCAGUGGCAGUGCAGAAAACUUCAGGACAGAUUCCUAAGGGACAUAUUCAACAGGGAGAGUUAAAUGGACGUUUUCAUGACAGCAACAGAAUCAUAGAUUUAAACUUCUGACUUCGUAGGUUUGGAUCAGAUUUUGCUGGAUCAUUGAAAAAUGACAUUCUUGUAUUACAAAGUUACUUUGCUAUAUGAUUUUUGUUACAUUGUUACUAUAAGUAUUAUGACAUUUUGAUUUGAAUUAAAACUUCAGGGCUUCUUUUCUGUAUAUAAUGAAGAAUUUAAACCUGUACAUAUUUUUUAUAUCUUCAGUUUGUUAUGUAAAUUUUGCACAGAAAGUUUUUGACAUAAAAGUUUAUUUUCUUUCAGUUUAGCUUUGUGCAUGCACUAAUAAAACUAGUUGUUUAAUUUAAAAGGAAUAUGUAAGACCUUAUACCCAUGUUAUUUUUUUGGUUUUUAUUUCAGAUGGAGAAUUUUUUUUUUCUGUAAAUUCAUUUUUCAGGGAUUGAACACUAUUGUUAGCAAGUGCCUAAAAGAUGUGAAACAGUUUACAUAUGUCAACUGUAAAAGUAGGUCCCAAAUGGGCCCACCCCCCCAAUAGUUUUAUUUUUAAAAAAGCCAUAUGUAGAUGCUUCAAGCUAUCUUGCUAUGCACAUUAUACUUGUACUGUUUCUGUGCAGUUUGUCUACUUUCUUAGUGAAGUAUUUUUUGUAUAAAAUCUGUUACAAUUGUGUUUUUAAAAUUGAGCCUAAGAAUGGAACUGAUUGGAAACAUACAGGUUAUAUUAAUAAUGUUAUGAUGUUUAAAGAAUGAUAAGCAUUGCUAAUUUCUGUAAUGAAACUUUUCUUCAAUUAAAUUUAUCUUAAGCUUGUGUAAAAGAUUUUGUUUUACUGUGUAGAGUCUAAUGGGAAUUUUAUUCAAACGGGAAAUAUUUAGAUUUCAGAGUUUUUUUUUAAAGCUAGUGAACUAUAAAUAAUAAAGUGGGAUUUUUUUCCUCAAAAAAAAUCAUAGGUAAAAUUUUGUUUGAGGAUAGCAUUUAUCAUAAUUUUACUAUGGUUGUGCCUACAAGGUAAGCUGUAGAGAAGCUUACGCAUUUGUUUGAGUACUUAAACAUCAUAAAAAUUGAAAUGUACUUUUCUUAUGCAUAGCUUUAAUGAGCCAUCGUUGGCUGUGAGUAGAGAGGAUCAAGAAGGAACUGCUUUGUUGAUACCACAGUAUAAAAAUCUAUUUCUUUGUCAGAAAAAUCCAGUAGGGAAAAUCUAAUGUUGAGAAAUACACUCACACUUGUUGCCUUAAAGUUUUAAAAGUUGUUUAAAAUUAGCUUCAUGAAUUAGUCCAUCCAAGUCAUUAAAAUAAGCAAACAAAUAACAGUAAGUCUGGGGUAGGGGAGAAAGUAGGAUCAGUAUCCAGGGUUGAUGUACUAUAUUAACUAAACUCCAAUUUCCAACAACAAAAUAUGAGAUAUGCAAAGAAACAGGGAAGUGUGACCUGUACGCAGGAGAAAAAAAAAAGCAAGCAAUAGAAACUUCCUUUCAGGGGGCCCAAAUGUAAAUGGCCAGCAGCUAUUAUGCAUAUGUCCAAAGAACUAAAGGAAACCAUGUUUAAAGCGUUAAAGGAAGGUGUGAUGCCAGUGUCUACUCAAAUACAAUAUUGAUAACAAAAUUAUAAAAAAGAACCAAAUGAAAAUUGUAGAGUUGAAAAGUACAAUAAUUGAAGUUCACUAGAGGUGCUCAACAGUAUGAGCUGCUAGAAAAAAGAAUGUGCAAACUUCAAGGUAGAUCAAUAAAGAUUAUGCAAUCUAAAGAAUACAGAGAAAAAAGAAUGAAGAUUCGCACCAAAAAGAAAAAAAAAAAAAUGGAUUGUAUAUCUAAAGUGAAAGCAAGAAAAUAUAGAAGUAUAUCUUCAUGAACUUGGGUUAGGUAAAGCCUUCUUAGAUGUAAUACCAAAAGAAUAAAUACAUUUCUUAAAAAGAUGUGUAGGAUUUUAAUUAGAAGAGAUUCGUAGAACUGAUUUAUUUUGUAGUUUUUUCAAACUCAAGUACCCUCUUUAUUUUUCUCAUACCUAAGUAUCAUCCGCUUUUAAGUUUUCCUUCAAAUUGACUCCCUUUUUAUUGGUCAAAUAAGUAAUGUGUGGUUUUUAAUGCCAUAUUUUAAUUGACAUAAAAGUCAUUUUAGAAUGUACAGUGGUUUUCAGUAUAUUCACAAUAUUGUGCAACCAUCACCAUUAAAUUCCAGAAUAUUUCCAUGACUUCAAAAAGAAACUUUAGACGUUACCAGUCAUUCACAAUUCCUCCGUUCUAUUGCCUGGCAAGCACUAAUCCACUUCCUAUCUAUGGAUUUGCCUAUUCUGUACAUUUCAUAUGAAUGGACUCAUACAAUAUGUGGUCUUUUGUGAUUGGCUUUUUUAACGUGCAUAAUGUUUUCAAGGUUCAUGUUACAGCAUUUAUCAG